CAAGUACUGCGCCCCACGCUAUUCCUUUUCCAUUUUUUUUAAAAUAGAGAAAGCAGCACCGACUUGGAGCUCAAGAAAACUGAAAUUCUUUUGCUUGAUCUGCGAUGAAGAUAUUGAUGAUUAGGAGAGGUUUACGGUUACUGGCCACCGGAAAUUUGUACUCCUCGCCGUUGAUUUACCGGCGGCAUUCUUCUAUGUCGACGUCGUCUUUCUCUGCUGCUUCUUCGUUGAAUGCUUACUUCGCCGCAGAUGAUUUUCUGCUCGGCGAUCAAAUAGCUACUUUGGCUUCGAAAUCGGAGACUACUCCGAAUCUACUUCAGCCUGGUGUCGUUGUCUAUGACGGCGUUUGUCAUCUUUGUCACAACGGUGUGAAAUGGGUCAUUAAAGCUGACAGGGAUAAGAAAAUCAAGUUCUGCUGCUUGCAGUCAAAGGCUGCUGAACCUUACAUGAGUGUUUGUGAUCUUGAUCGAGAUGACGUUCGUCGUCGCUUCUUAUUCAUUGAAGGCCCAGGUUUAUACCAUCAAGGCUCCGCUGCUGCGCUGAGGGUUCUAGCUCACUUGCCAUUUCCUUACUCUGCGCUGAGUUACCUCGUGAUUGUACCUACUCCUUUAAGGGAUGCUGUUUAUGAUCAUGUUGCCAAGAAGAGGUAUAAAUGGUUUGGGAAGAGUGAUGACUGUUUGGUUCUCCGGGAGCAAGACUUACUUGACCGCUUCAUUGAUAGGGAAGAGUUGCUUGAACGUAGCCGAUCUGUUUUGUGAAAUGCUGCUUCAAUGAGUAUGAGAGUGGAGGUCGUUAUAAUAAGGAAGUACCAUUUAAUAUUCUUUUGGAGUUGUAAUUAUGUAGUCCAUCCAUAGUAUACUGCUUAAUACACACUAGAUAUAAGCUUAUGGAGCAAUGAGGGAUGCCUUCGUUUUUUGUCACUGACGAAAGUAUCAACACGUUCAAGGGGAAGAAACUAUCUAUCCAGUUACUUCUGCAGGCUUUCUUCGCAGUAGAUACUUUGACAUGUUGGUUAGCUAUAUUCAGCAUUCAGUUGUACAUUUGAACUUUUUGCCUGUUGAGUGCUUAAUCAAUUCAAAUUCGGCUUUU